GAGAAGUCUGUGCUCCUUCACUCCUCGGUGAGUGUGUGCUGCAGGAAGUCAGGGUCUUACCAGGGCGAGCCUCGUCUUCACCUCGUCCUCUGACACACGUGCAAAAUGUCUUUUUGUCCGUUCAACCUUUUUGACCUGACAAUGCAGACUUUGUGAUGCUGUGACAUGGCAGUAAUCCUAAGACAGUUGAAGCUUGUGAAGAAAUUUGUCAUUUUUGGAGAACUGGGAUUCUUAGGAACACUGAAAGACUGGCAGAAGAAGAAGCAAAAAAAAGCCUAAACACAUCAGCUCCAGACUGCGUUCUCCUUCUCAGCUGAAGAGCAACACAUACCGAGCAGCCGUCUAAGCCAUGACCCGCAGUGCCAAGAAGCUUUGCUGAAAUUUCCCAGGGGGACAAGCUGUGGGUGAUCUGAAGAGAAGAGGAGCACGGGACUAAGGCAAUGAAUGCCGUGAAGAGCACUGAGCCGAGGCUCGGACAGAGCCGUUCCAGCACUGAGCCUGGUUUCAGGAACAUUGGAAACCCAAUUGCCAAUACCCAGUGUGGCUCCAGGAACACUUCCAACUGCAAAACCAGUACUUUAAGCUCCAGGAGCACAUUAAACCCCAACAACAGCACCAAUCCCAGCUCUAGGCUCCUGGGCAAGUCAAACAGCAGUGCUCAAAGGGGUUCCAAGCACAUGGGCAGCAACUGCAACACUAAUACUGAGAGGGGCUCAAGGAACACAGGAAGCCAGAACUCUGGUGCUGAACGAGGGUCCAAAAGCAUUUUGAAUCCCAACCCCAGUGCAGAGAAGAGCUCAACAAGCGUGGGUAAUUCCACCAGGCAGGUCGGGCCCAAAGCGUCGGUUCAAGCUCAGAACAACAAUGUCCUGCAGUUGAGGCUCCAGCAGAGGAGGACGCGAGAGCAGUUAGCAGACCAGGGCAUCAUGCCUCCCCUGAAGAGUCCAGCUGCAUUCCAUGAACAGAGGAAAAGUCUUGAACGCUCCAAGACUGGAGAUUAUUUAAAGCAUAAAAUCCGAAGUAGACCGGAGAAGUCAGAGCUGGUUAACAUGCACAUUCUACAAGACAUGGCCAGCGAAAGUCCUGCUCAAGACUCGCAGAGCAAACUUAAGCGUGCCCGACUGGCUGACAACCUUAACGAGAAAAUCGCCCUGAGACCAGGUCCAUUGGAAUUGGUCGAGAAGAACAUAAUACCCGUCGAUUCAACAGUUAAAGAGGCCGCUUUAAAAGUAAAUCAUGGGAAGUUUCCGAAGCAGGAGGACUCAUAUGCAUUUGAGGAGGACAGCAACAGCGAGAGCCUGUCUCCUGAACAGCCCCUAAGUGACGAGUCCCAGAGCUCAGCCGGGCCUUUGGCAGAGAGCAAGGCCAGCAGUGGUAUUCCAUCCCCCUCACUGACCACAGGCCCUACACAGUUCUCAAGCUUUGCUGUUAAGGGGUCACAAACCAGAGAGUCAACUGUUCAAAACAAAGAAGAAGGUCUACCUGUGGCAAACAACCAGACAGCUCCACCCAUUCCAGUCCCUGCAAUAAUUAAGUCGAAAACAACAGACAAAAAUCGCAAUAAGAAGCCCAAAGAUGUUAAGCCAAAAGUGAAAAAGCUGAAGUACCACCAGUACAUUCCGCCAGACCAGAAAGCGGAAAAGUCUCCUCCUCCAAUGGACUCAGCCUACGCCCGGCUACUGCAGCAGCAGCAGCUCUUCCUGCAGCUGCAAAUUCUCAGCCAGCAGAAGCAUCAGCAGCAAAACCAUUCACACCAGUCCCAGUGUCCACAAAGCCAGAGCUUUAGCUACCAGCCUGUACACCAGCAUUUGUCAACCAAGCAGACCGGCGAGCAGCAAACGCAAUGCAGUUCCAGUGGUGCCAACAGUACAGACAGCAUCAGCUCCUCAUCUCCUGUGAAGACCACAUACUGCAGCACAUCCAACAUAACUUCAGUCAGACCAGGGCCUUUGCCCUCUAACCUUGAUGACCUAAAGGUGUCUGAGCUUCGGCAGCAGCUAAGAAUACGAGGUCUUCCAGUAUCAGGCACCAAGACUGCCCUUAUAGAAAGGCUGAGGCCCUAUAAAGACUCUACCUCUGCUUCUCCCUCUAGCUCCGGUGAUAUCACAACCGUUACUUUCCCAGUGACUCCCACUGGCUCGCUCUCCUCCUACCAAUCCCCAAGUUCUUCCGGUACUUUGUCCCAUGUAGGGGGGUAUUACCCAUUUUGCAGUAAUACAUCCACCCCACCCAUCUCUCCUGCCUCCUCUGAUCUGUCAGUCAGUGGCUCUCUUCCUGACAGUUUCAGCGACGUCACUAUGUCUUCUCCGCAGUUCGGCCUGCAGCCAUCACCGGCUCAACUGAGUGCAGAGGACAACCCGAACUUGGGGAACUGCCUGCAUGGUGAAUCAGGCCUGGACACUGAGAAGGACAAGAUGUUGGUGGAGAAGCAGAAGGUGAUCGAGGAGCUGACAUGGAAGUUACACCAGGAGCAACGGCAGGUGGAGGAGCUGCGGAUGCAAUUGCAUAAACGGAAGCACAGUCAUGGCUUGCAGGAGCCAAUACACUUGCAGCCCCCGAGCCAAAUGCAGCACUUCUUCGGUGUGUCCAUCAAGCAAGAGCAUGUGGCCUCCAGCUGUCCAAUGGCCUCCAAGCAGCCAAAGAAUGGGCCUUCAAACAGCUGCAUGGAGCCAAUGGGACACUGUAGCCUAGGUGGUGGCCUUCAAAACCUGGACAUACCCUCGUCUCGAAGUCCUUCUGGUCUCCCGUCCUAUCUAAGCCCUCAGUGCUCUCCUCAAGACUCACCCGUGACCAAGAACUCAAGCAGCCCACAGCCCAACAGCAUUCCCUCCUCUCCUAGUAAUCCAUUUCUGCUCACACCUCCCUUGGGUAGGGACAGCUGCCCCCACAAUGGCGCCAGAUCACAUCCCAUGCAGCUCCAGCGGAAAAAUGUUGCUCAAUCUGUGAGCUGCACCUAUUCAGCUGACCAAAGAAGUUUGCAGCAAGUCUAUUCAAGCAACGAGAACAACCUAAACCCCAGAGGGUCUUCUAAGGGAAAAACUCCAAACAUUCAGCAAAAGAUGGCAAUAUUACACUCUCCCAGGCACAUUGACCAAACGUGCGCCACCUCCACCACUACCUUCUGUAGCUCAGACUCUACUGCAUCUGCCAUUAAACAGCCCCCAUGCUAUGAGGAUGCAGUGAAGCAGCAGAUGACCAGAAGUCAGCAAAUGGACGAACUCCUUGAUGUCCUAAUUGAAAGUGGAGAAAUUCCAGCUAACGCCAAAGAGGAGAGGUCCCCUGUAACCAAAGUUGUGCCUCACCUUACAGUUUCGGCCAGCAACACUGCCACCAGUGCAACGCCCAUUCCAAAGUUUCAUCGCCACUUCAGCCACCUUCCGCCCUCUGAUGUGCAAUAUGGGCAUGCUACGGGGCAUACCGAGUGCCACCUGGAGGUGCUUCUGAGCCCCUUGAUACGCCAUGGGGACAUUAUGCCUGUCAAGUUGAGCACAGAGGAGGGCCAGCUGGAGAAGAUAGGAGACUCCUUUGCAGGUCAUCACCAUGACGACAAGUUGCUCAGCAACAGGGACAUGAUGGGCACGCCUCUGUCUCCUAUGGCGACCAAAGUCUCACCAGUGCCCACGGACAACCAAGGGCUCGGCAUGACGUUCUCAGAAUCACCAUGGGAAAGCAUGGAGUGGUUGGACUUAACUCCUCCAAGCUCAGCCACGGCAUUCAGCAGCAGCAUGGCUCCAUCAGCACCCAGUAUCUUCAACACAGAGUUCCUGGAUGUGAGUGACAUUGGACUGAAUUCAGCCAUGGACCUCCACCUUGAGCACUGGUGAAGCUGACCAGGGAGCCCUAUUAGAUAAACCAUACAGCCAGGUAUAGAUUGAGCAAGAACAUGAAGCACUUCACAUCCAAAAUUAUCUACGAUGUGGUUUUCCACAAGACGCACAGCCAACAGGAUCAAAUAAAACUCCAAGAUGACUUCCUCAAAUAACACUCAAUAUGUUCUUCCUACAGUAAAAAAAAAAAAAUGCUUGUUCUGGUCCAAAACUUGAAACUUUAUGUCGUGGGAAGGAAUGUGGGAAGGAAUUACUGGAAAUAACCGAUACCAAACUAACCGAAUCCAUUCAAACGAAACAUCUAAAAUAAAUCCAACAGCGAAUUCAAUUGUAAAUAUUACACUACUGUUUAGAAAAAUGUCUUUUCAGCACGUGGUGUGAACACUCUUGAAGUGCUCACACACGCACAAAAAACCUCCCCACCACAUGACGGCGUUUUAUUGUGCCACGUAAAAAAAAGAAAAAAAAAAAGACAAAUCUUUUAUGAGAAUAAAGUCGUAGCAAUACAAGAAUAAUGGCGAAAUAUUUUGAGAAUAACGUCAAAAUUACGAGAAUAAAGCUGAAAUUACGAGAACAAAGCCGUAGCUAUCCGAGAAUAAAGCUGAAAUUACGAGAACAAAAACGUAGUUAUACGAGAAUAAAGCUGAAAUUACGAAAACAAAGCCGUAGUUAUACGAGAAUAAAGCUGAAAUUACGAGAACAAAGCCGUAGUUAUAUGAGAAUAAAGCUGAAAUUACGAGAACAAAGCCGUAGCUAUACGAGAAUAAAGUCUAAAUUGCAAAUUUUUGCAAUUUGCAAUUUAGUCUAAAAUCUAAAUUGCAAAAAUAAAUCCGAAAUAUUUUUGAGUAUAAAGUUGCAGCAUUACGAUAUUAAAGUGGUAAUAUUUUGAGAAAAAUCACAGAAUUGUGAGAAACGUUUCGCAUUAACUGGAUGUGGAGGAUUUGGUUAGAUCCUACUUUAGGAAAUUCUUUGUCUUUUGGCGCAUGAGCUCGGAGUUAUAAUUAGUGAACAGAGCGAAACUUAAUUUAUUCAGAAGUAAAAAAUCAGACAGACAUUGAGGAAAUUGCCUUUUGUGCAGACUUGUAUGGUGACCAGUGGUUGACUCCAAGAAUAUCGAUGGUUACAUCUACAUUAAAUUCGAAGAGAUGUUUCUCACGUGAAAUCAACCCUGAAGGAGUUAAACAUGGGCUCACUCGAAUGUCUGAGAUCCCAACAUGCUGUGGUUUAUGGAUUCAUAUUAUACGCUUGUAAUUUUGACUUAAUUCUCAAAAUAUUUUAUUCUUGUACUGCGACGACUUUAUCCUCGUUAUUUUUUUUUUUUUUCACGUGGCACUAAAACUCUGUCAUAGUAUCUAAAUGUGCUAUUGUAAAUAUUUAUAAAUGCUCACACAGCAUCUUGAGUAGUAUAGUUUUGUCACCUUUGGCUUGCCAUAUAUAUAUAUUUUUUGGACUGCAUGCAAGUGCCUUUUGUUCUACUCUUUUUUUUUUUUUUUACCAUAUUGUUCUGUUUUUCAUCCCCAUUUUAUUUAAAGAAACAUUUUAAUUUAUUUAGACCAUCAAGAUACAAUGUUGUAUCAGAAUAUAUCAUUGUCUAUAAUGUGAGAGUAUGUCUUAGCUGCAAGUCCAUGAAUUAAAUUACUAAACAAUUUUACAUUCAGUUUAGGUCUCAGCAUGUCACCAUUGCUUUUUUAUUUCCUUAACGAAUGACCACAAAAAUGUAUAGUCAUGUGGUGCGCAUAAUUCAACAUACUUUCCCUGUGUAAAAAUUUGUUCAGUUUACAAUUGACUCACUGCUGCCCCCUAUAUGAAAAUUUCCAUCUUCAUGGCUGUUUUAUUUUUGUCCCCGAAUACUACUAACAAUAUUGACACGUGACCCGUUUUGCUUUCUUUCAAAGAUGUCACAUUGCAGAUGUAUUUAUUUGGACAUUUGAAUAUUUGCGUAGACGUAUUUAUACAGAAGAUAUUUAUGAGACAUUCCUUUGUUUAGGAACAGGGAUAAAGGAGACGCAUAUCCUUCCGCCCGAAAGAGGCACAUGAAAAUCAAGGUUGAGCCUAGGAAAAUUACAAUCCAGAGGUUUUAUUUUUUAUAGAAUUGCAAUACUUUAUAACUACGUCGCGUCUCUUUAGAUUUUCCGUGUCUUAAAAAUGAUCCGGACAUAUUUUAUGCAAGAAAAUAUUUGGGAAAAGAAAAAAAAAAAAGACACUACGUCAUACUGGUGCGACAUACAAUCCUUAUACGAUGGUGAAAUUAUGAUGCUGAAGUUUGAGCUCAAGUGAUGGAUCAGCUUUAGUUUUGUGGGAACAAAAGCACACACACACACACACACACACACACAAAAUGCCUUAAUGCAUUGCUUUAAUUGGCAAAUAAAACGGAAGUUAGAAUGGCACAACUUCUUUUCUAAUGGCAUUUUAUAAUAUUUAUACAUAAAAUAUAUUUUCUAAUAUUGUACUAUUAUUCUUUUUACUUUUAUUGACUAUACAGCUGACAAUUCAUUUGUAAAAAAAAAAAAAUAUUCCAUUCAGUUUCAGAUCCUCUCCAUCCAGACUUAAGCUUCAUACAGAUACACUAUAGAUAAAAAUGAGUCACUUGUUUCUUUUUUUCCCCUUUAUUUACUCUUCCAUGGUUACGUCAGUGAUGUAGCAAGUUGCCUUGAUUGCACUAACAGCACAAUUUCAGUUUUGUUCGGUUAAAACAUUUUUGUACUUUUUUUUUUUUU